AUGUCUAGUGUCGUUGUCAGGUCCUCGUCGCCAAUACUUCAAACUUCACCUUCUUCUGUCGAUCCUACGACUACAAGCUACUCACUCUCAGCAUUUGCCAUCGGUGACUGGGGUACCACAACUUAUAAAAGCUCAUGUUGCACACGCUCUAGUUCGUACAACAACUACGACGUCAAUGCUGAGGAUGUUGUAGCCAUUUUAAUGAACACGGAGGCUGGCAACAUGGCAGUCAAGCCUAAAGUAAUUAUUGGACAUGGAGAUAACUUUUACUGGACGGGAAUUAAUAGUUUUGAAGGCCGCGAUUGGCGUUUCGCCACAACGUUUGAAGAAAAGUUCAACGGGAACAAUAUUCGAGCAAUUCCGUGGGUGAAUGUACUCGGUAACCACGACUACGGUGGUGCCAGUUACGUCUGUAAUGAUGGUGAUAAUAAUGCUCGAUGUGCAAAUACUGCUGAAUUAUUGCAAGGGAUUGAAAACAAGUUUCAAUGGCAAUCUACAUACACGAGUCCGAAUGAUAAUCGCUGGCAUCUACCGGAUCAUUCUUACGAAUACUGGAUAGAGGAUGCUGCCACGGGUGUGAGCAUUGAAAUUUUUAACAUUGACACAAAUGAUGCCGACGUUCAUGGGGCGAUGCAAAUUUGCUGUCAAUGUUAUGGUUACUCGAAUGGUGAUAGUGCCACUUGUCGUAAUGUCGGUCGUGGUCACCAAUUUUGUUGUGGUGGAGAUACCGCCAUGUUUGAUGCCUGUAUGGCCAAGUUUAAACAGUGGGGAGAUGAUUCAAGAGCUCGAAUCACCAGACGAGUGAGAGACUCAACAGCCACGUGGAAGAUUGUCAAUAGUCACUACAGUGCCUACAACCACUAUGGGGAGAAUGGUAUGCGACAGUGGUUUGACAUUUUACGUGGCUCGGGGGUACACGUGUGGCUCAAUGGCCACACACACGGUGAAAAACAUGACUACUCGGCGUCGCUUGGUAUUCACUUUAUCGAGAAUGGUGCCGGUGGUGGCAUCCAGCGAGAGGCGGCGAGCGGUAUUCCUGCUUACGCGUCGAGCUUUGUCAAGAACCUAUGGACGUACUCAGCUGACGAAUACGGCUUUAUGUCACUCCAAGCAUCGAAAAACUGGCUCAAGCUGCAGUAUCACACGGCAGAAAAAUCGUGGCAGUUUGGAGAAAAUAUCCAAAGCACCAAGAUUGGCGGCGUGGCGACCAAACAUUGCUGGUAUAUCCCGUCUGACGGCGGAGAGGGCCGUCGAUGCUGA